AUGCUUGGAGGGCUUUUACAUUCCCAACAGGCCAAGGCCAUGGAGUGCCAUUGGCAGGAUAAGGCCAACCUGCUGGAGGAGCUGCGGAAGCACCAGCGAGUGAAUAAAGCAUUCCAACAAGCAUUACAGGAGAUUGGGAGGAUCAUUACGCAGGUUGCCAAUGGGGAUCUCUCCACGAAGGUUCAGAUUCGCCCAGUUGAGAUGGAUCCAGACAUCACCACUUUCAAGGUCACUAUCAACGAUAUGAUAAAUCAGUUGAGAGUAUUCGCAAGUGAGGUGUCAAGAGUUGCCCGGGAGGUGGGUACUGAAGGAAUUCUUGGCGGUCAGGCCCAGAUAGCAGGCGUUCACGGUGUCUGGGAGGAGCUUACCGAUAAUGUCAACGUAAUGGCAUUAAAUAUCACAGGCCAAGUACGGGAGAUUGCAGCGGUCAUGACUGGGGUUGCUCACGGGGAGUUAAGCCAGAAGAUCGAAAGACCGGCGAAAGGUGAGGUCCUUCAGCUGCAACAGACCAUAAACACCAUGGUGGAUCAGCUUCGCACGUUUGCCACGGAGGUGACCCGUGUCGCUCGUGAUGUUGGAAUCGAAGGCGUCCUUGGCGGACAGGCCCAGAUUUAUGGCAUCCGGGGAAUGUGGAACGAGUUGACAGUCAAUGUCAAUGCGAUGGCCAACAACCUGACCACUCAAGUACGCGAUAUCGCGACAGUCACCCGGGCUGUCGCAAACGGAGACCUCACGCAAAAGGUCCAAGCUGACUGCCGGGGGGAACUCCUUGCCUUGAAGGAUAUCAUCAACUCGAUGGUGGACCAACUCCGGCAAUUUGCCCAGGAGGUCACGAAGAUAGCGAAGGAGGUCGGAACUGAUGGGGUGCUUGGGGGCCAGGCCACGGUAAACGACGUCCAGGGCGUUUGGAGGGACCUCACCGAGAACGUUAACCGAAUGGCGAUGAAUCUGACUACCCAGGUUCGGGAAAUUGCGGAAGUCACCACCGCCGUGGCUAUCGGUGAUCUCACAAAAAAAGUCACUGCUAAUGUAAACGGUGAGAUUGCGGACCUUAAGAACACGAUUAAUGGGAUGGUAGACAGGUUAAACCAAUUCGCCUUUGAAGUCAGCAAGGUGGCGCGAGAGGUAGGAGUAGACGGAACGCUCGGUGGCCAGGCUGUUGUGAUCAACGUCGAGGGAAGAUGGAAGGAUCUGACUAACAAUGUCAACACUAUGGCCCAUAAUUUAACGCUGCAAGUGCGUUCGAUAUCCGAUGUGACCCAGGCAAUCGCCAGGGGCGAUCUGAGCAAGAAGAUUGAGGUUCAUGCUCGUGGAGAGAUCCUGACAUUAAAGGAAACCAUCAAUCAUAUGGUUCAGCAAUUGGAUCGAUUUGCACAGGAACUCAAGCGGGUUGCACGGGAUGUUGGAGUAGAGGGCCGAAUGGGCGGACAGGCCAAUGCAGACGGAAUGUGUGGCCGGUGGAGAGAGAUCGCCGAGGGGGUCAAUAUCAUGGCUGACAACCUCACGGCUCAGGUCCGUGCUUUUGGAGAGAUCAGCAAUGCAGCUACCGAUGGCGACUUUAGCAAAUUGAUCACGGUUAGCGCGUCGGGAGAGAUGGACGAGCUGAAACAGAAAAUCAACAAGAUGGUCUCCAGCCUCCGUGAUAGUUUGCAGCGAAACAAAGCGGCCAAGGAAGCAGCCGAACUUGCGAAUAAUAGCAAGUCAGAAUUCCUUGCGAACAUGAGUCACGAGAUUCGGACGCCCAUGAAUGGCAUUAUCGGCAUGACUCAGCUGGCGCUGGGCAUGGAUGACCUCGAUCCCUGUACGAGGGAGACGCUCAGUGUGGUUCAUAACCUCGGAAAUAGUCUGCUGGCAAUAAUUGAUGAUGUUCUCGAUCUUUCCAAGAUUGAAGCAAAUCACUUGGUGAUUGAGAGGAUCCCUUUUAGCCUUGGAAGCACUCUUUUUAACGCUCUCAAAACCCUUGCAGUGGAGGCCAAUGAAAAGGCCUUAGAUCUUACAUACCGGGUGGACAACUCCGUGCUUGACUAUGUUAUCAGUGACUCCUUCCGUCUCCACCAGAUCAUCCUCAACCUUGUCGGGAACGCCAUAAAAUUUACUGAACACGGUUGCAUUGAACUUUCAGCUCGAAAAACGGCUUCUAAUAAUUCCGACCCUUCAGAGCACAUGCUUGAGUUUCUGAUCUCUGACACUGGUAUUGGAAUCGACGACAGCAAGUUAGAUCUGAUUUUUGAUAAAUUUCAACAGGCCGAUGGCUCGAUGACCAGACGAUUUGGAGGAACAGGCCUUGGCUUGUCCAUCUCAAAGAAACUGGCUAAUCUUAUGGGCGGGGAUAUCUGGGUGUCGUCGGCAGUCGGCGUGGGAAGCACCUUUCACUUAACAUUUGCAGUUAAGUCAGCAGGUCCCUCCUCUGAUGCCAUCUGUAAGCGAAUUAUGCCCUAUAGGGACCAUCAGAUCCUUCUUGUUGCUGGAGGCGACGAUGGCCACGCGGCUACCAUCUGCCAAAUGUUAGUGGCUCUCGGUCUAAAGCCAGUCGUCGCAGAUCCAGCGAACCAGCAACCAGCAUGGUGGGCGGCCAGCCAACCUCACAACAAUACAUCCUCGCCGUAUGAUGUCUUGCUUGUGGAGUCAACGGAACGUGUACGCGAACUGAGAGCACUUGAGAUAUUUCGAUUUGCCCCGGUUGUUCUGAUCGGCCCCGCCAUAGUGGUGAGCAUGAAGACGGCGUUCGAUUUAGGUAUCACCUCAUAUGUGACAAUACCGUGCUGUAUGAACGACCUCGCAAAUGGUAUUAUACCUGCCCUCGAGAGCCGGCCCACUCGCGUCAGCACAGGAUCUAUCCAGCCCUUGGCUAUCCUGUUAGCCGAAGACAAUGAGGUAAACCAGAGGGUAGCCGUCAGGUUCCUUGAGAAGUGUCAGCACGACAUCACCGUGGUUGAUAAUGGCUUAGAAGCUCUGGAACAGGUUCGACGACGGAAAUAUGACGUGAUACUAAUGGACAUCCAGAUGCCAAUUAUGGGUGGCUUUGAAUCGACGACCCAGAUUCGCAGACAUGAACACCUGCAUGGUCACCCGCGCACUCCAAUUAUCGCUCUGACAGCCCAUGCUAUGUUUGGUGAUCGAGACAGAUGCAUCGCCGUCGGUAUGGAUGAUUACCUAUCAAAGCCUCUCAAUCAAAGCCAGAUGAUCCAGAUGAUUGCCAAGUGGGCUUCCGCCCUUUAA